AUGAGGGGCAUCACCAUGCUUGCGCGGGCUCGUCCUGCCACCGCCGUCAGCCGCCUCACCACCUCCCGCGUCGGUGCCGUGCGCUACGGCUCCGGUGCGGCGGCCGGUGGUGAUCUGAAGAAGACGCCGCUGUACGACUUCCACGUCGCGCGGGGGGGCAAGAUGGUACCGUUUGCCGGCUACCACAUGCCGGUACAGUACGGCAACCUGUCGCUCGCCGACUCGCACCACUUCACGCGCGACCACGCGUCCAUCUUUGACGUGUCGCACAUGGUGCAGCACAUCUUCAAGGGCCCCAACGCGGCGGCCUUCCUCGAGCGCGUGACGCCGUCGGCGUGGGCCACGCAGGGCCAUAUGCAGAGCAAGCUGACGACGCUCCUGUGGCCCGGGACCGGCGGCAUCGUCGACGACACGGUCAUCACGCGCCUCGGCAAGGAUGAGUACUACGUCGUGACCAACGGCGCGUGCCUCGACAAGGACACCAAGUACAUUGACGAGCAGCUCGGCCAGUUCGGCGGCGGCGUCGAGUGGACGCGCCUGGACAACUCGGGCCUCUUUGCGCUGCAGGGCCCGCAGGCGGCCGAGAUCCUCGAGCAGGUGCUGGACCGGGAGUACGCCGACGUCGACCUCAAGGGCCUGUACUUUGGCAACGCCGUGUGGGCGCAGCUGAAGCUCGCCGACGGCAGCUCGACGCACCCGGUGCUCAUCUCGCGCGGCGGCUACACCGGUGAGGACGGCUUCGAGGUGUCGUUUGACGGCACGCGGUACCCGGCCUUUGACACGACCACGCCCGCGGUGGAGGCGCUCCUGGCGGCGGCCGGGCCCGAGCGGCUGCAGAUGGCCGGCCUCGGCGCGCGCGACUCGCUGCGCCUCGAGGCCGGCAUGUGCCUGUAUGGGCACGACCUGGACGACGCGACGACACCGGUGGAGGCGGGCCUCAGCUGGAUCAUCCCCAAGGAGCGGCGACGGGCGGACGCGGGCUUCCACGGCGCCGAGGUGCUGGUGCCGCAGAUGACGCCGCGCAGCAAGGGCGGCGCGGGCGUGCAGCGGCGCCGGGUCGGGUUCGUGGUGGAGGGCGCGCCGGCGCGCGAGGGCGCGACGGUGGAGAAGGACGGCGAGCGCAUCGGCGGCAUCACGUCGGGCGUGCCCAGCCCGACGCUGGGCAAGAACAUUGCCAUGGGCUACGUCAAGGACGGCCAGCACAAGGCGGGCACCGAGGUGGACGUGGUGGUCCGCGGGCGCAAGAGGAAGGCCGUCGUGGCCAAGAUGCCCUUUAUCCAGACCAACUACUGGAAGGGCGAUGCUUGA